AUGGCAACCACCACUGGCGUUUUGUACACGAUUGUGGCGACCUUAACAAGCUCAGAGCCAAGUUUCCGUCAACGAAACAACGCAUUUCGUGAUGUUUUGGUGGAAAGGAUUGGUGUUAGAGGUCACACAACUGGAACUCUUGAAGAGUAUAAAAGACCCCGAGGUCCUCUCAUUCUUCGAUUAUUAAUCCACGACAGAUACAAGAUGUUCAAGCUUAUCGUCUGUGCCUUAUUUGUAGCAGCCGCCUUUGGUAAACCCCUCGAUGACAAUCUUUCGAAAAGAGAAAGCAUUGGACAUCAACUCAAAGAACAGCUUAAGAAUGUCGCUGUCUCCUCCCUCACCACUUCCGUUAGUGGUGUUCUUGACAAAGCUCUUGGAGCUUUAACCAGCAAAGCUAUCGGUGGAAUCACCAAUCUUUUGGGACAUAUCCAUCUCGGCAAAAGAGGUAUCUUCGGUGACUUUUUACACGGUGAUCUCGUCAAGAAUGUAGAAAACUUCAUCCACAAGGAAAAAGAAUUGUUGAAUGAACUUUUACAUCACCACCAAACCAGAAAUAUCCUCGGUGACUUUUUACACGGUGAUCUCGUCAAGAACGUAGAAAACUUCAUCCACAAAGAAAAGGAAUUGUUGAAUGAACUUUUACACCACCAUCAAACCAGAAGUAUCUUCGGUGACUUGUUGAAAACCGACAUCGUCCAAAACGUUAAGGACUUCAUCCACAAGGAAAAAGAAUUGUUGAAUGAACUUUUACAUCAUCACCAAACCAAAAGAAACAUCCUUGGAGACCUUUUCAGUGGAGAACUGGUUAAGAACGUAGAAAACUUCAUCCACAAGGAACAAGAAUUGUUGGGCCAAUUUUUACACCACAAACAAACCAGAAAUAUCUUUGGUGACAUCUUAAAAACCGACAUCGUCCAGAACGUAAAAGACUUCAUCCACAAGGAAAAAGAAUUAUUGAAUGAACUUUUACAUCACCACCAAACAACCAGAAGUACCGGAAGUGAAUUGAGAGAAGCUCUUAAAGGCGCCCUUGUUAGCUCUGCUACUGGAGCCAUCAACACCGUUGUUAACACUGCUAUCUCAGGCUUAACCAGUGCUUUGACCAGUGGUCUCACCAACGUCUUGGGACACAUUCACUUGGGAAAGAGAGAUUUGGCCUUUGCCAAGGACAUCGCUGAAUUCGAACACAAUUUGAAAAAUGAUUUGUUUGGAAAAGUUCAUUCCCUGAUCGAAAAGGAAAAACAACACAUCAUCGAUGAAGUUUUACACCAUCACCACAUUGCCCGAAGAAACAUCUUCGGAGAUAUUGGUAAAAUGAUCGGCGGUGAACUCAAACACAUUGGUGAAGGUGCUUUGGGAAGUCUUGGACAACUCGCUACAAGCAAACUUGAUGGACUCAUCUCCAAACUUGGAAGACGUGAAGCUGAAGAUUUAAGCACUGUCUUCGGUGGUGUUGCUGAUAAAUUUAGCACUGCUAUCACUGAUGCUUUAGGAGAAUUACCACAAAUCAUUGCCCAAGAAUUAGGUCCAUUAAUCGCUCAAUUCACUGGAUCCCAAUAAGAUGGAACAGAAAAUAGUGAAAAAUUAAAUAAAAAACAUAAAAAUAUU